AUGGCUGCAGUCACUGAGAUGCACACUGAUGUUGUCGACGAUGUUCAUGAAAUUACCGAUGGUGAAAAGAUCAUUGAGAAGAGCUCGAUCACGGUUUCUAAACCCGAAACUGAACCCGAGCUCAAACCCGAAUCCGAGUUUGAUAUGAAGAAGCUUGUUGCCAUGUUCAAGAAACUGAAUCCUUUGGCCAAAGAGUUUUUCCCUUCUUAUUACAAUCCGAAGAAGGACAAUCAGAUUGGGAAAGGUGAUCAGUUUCUGCCGGCUGAUGAUUUUCCGACCAUGAAGAAGCAAUCAGGUGAAGAAUUUGAUCCUGAUUGCAAGAAGGAUGAUAAUACCCGAAAGAGAAGAAACAACUUUAGCCAAGGGAGGAAGAGGUUAAGUGGAAGAAUUUCUAAGGCUCAAAGAGAAGAUAGUAUUAGAAGAACAGUUUAUGUUUCCGACAUUGACCAGAGUGUGACUGAGGAAGGUCUUGCUGCAUUGUUUAGUAACUGUGGGCAAGUUGUUGAUUGUCGAAUUUGUGGCGAUCCACAUUCAGUUCUUCGGUUUGCGUUUGUUGAGUUUGCUGAUGACCAGGGCGCACGGGACGCUUUAAGCCUUGGUGGAACAAUGCUCGGGUACUACCCGGUUAGGGUCUUACCAUCCAAAACUGCUAUUCUUCCAGUGAAUCCCACAUUUCUUCCCAGGUCAGAAGAUGAGAGGGAGAUGUGUACAAGGACAAUCUAUUGCACAAACAUCGACAAAAAGGUUUCUCAAGCCGAUGUGAGAAACUUCUUUGAGUCCACAUGUGGUGAGGUUACUCGCCUGAGGCUUCUUGGCGAUCAAUUGCAUUCAACUCGCAUAGCUUUUGUUGAAUUUGCUCUGGCAGAUAGUGCUCUUAGGGCGCUUAACUGCAGCGGGUCGGUUGUUGGAUCCCAACCGAUUAGGGUAAGUCCAUCAAAGACACCAGUGAGGCCAAGAAUCACUCGACCACCAUCGACACACUAG